GUGUGUUAGUUCUGCAAUGUAACUUCCUGAUUUAAAGUCCGUUCUUGAAAGUAAUGUCAACUGUUAAAGUCCGGAGAAGGAAAGGAGGAAGUGCACAUGAAAGCAAAAGAAUAGAUGACGGAGCUGUUGACACUGCAAGAGCAACUGAAUUCUUAAAUCCUAUACAUCCAAAAUGGGAAAAAAUCAUUAAUGACGAAACACGUGAUAAUACGAUUCUUCAGAUUCGAGAAGAAAUAUUUGAAAGUCUUUUCAAUAUUUGUUACGAAAAGUAUCUUGAGAGACAGGUCAUCGAUUUCACUGUACAUUGCGCUCAUCAGGCAUUCCUCAAAGUCGCCAGUAUAUACUUCAUAAAACUCGACCCCGGCGAGAAGCUGCUAACAGACAAUCCGUCGUGGACGCCCGACAAGGAGCCAGAACCAUCUCCAAUGGACCCGUGGCUGAGUUACAUGGUGCCUGUCUUUCAGCAGAAGCCAAAAGAAGAGCCAGAGGCACACAGCACGCCUCAGCCGUCGCCAGUUACGGAAGCAUCUCCCAGCAGCGUGUCAGCACCCAAGUCGGCCGAUGAGGAGCGGCCCGGCGGCCUGUCGGAGCAGCUGUACACGCGAUACCAGCCGUCUACCGAGUGGCCUCCCGCUGCGGUUGAGUCGGUAUUGCGACACAGCAUGGAGCCGGCGAAGCCAAAACCACCGGCAGAAUCGCCGCCUAAGGGGCAGACACGGCCGUCUCGAGGCGAACGUCCUUCAGCCAGCAGCCGCAAAUCAAAAGAGGCUGCUCCACCAUCUCCGCCCUCUCCACUGCAAGCUGAGGCCAGCGACAUUCGUCGAGCACGGCUCCCUCCAAUCAAGUCUAAAUCGGAAAUGAAGAAGGCCAAGUCUCGAGCAGGAUCUCCGGCAUCGAUGGAAAUCCCUCGCCCACCUGUGUUGCCGCUCUCAGCUCUGCCACCGUCAAGAGCGGAGGUGAAAUGCACGGUUGUGAUGUCCAAAGGCGACACUUCCAGGGCGUCCGAUGUGAACGUGAAGAAGCAGUCUUCCACCAAGGGGAGGCCGACAAGCGUGCGCUGGAGCAAGUCCACCAAAGACGUCACCAAGCAGUGAGGCUGUGUGCGACGAUCGCUGGAGAGGGCCGCUUCCGUCGCAUGUAGUCCAGCGCCGCGUCGAUCCUGAUUCAUCGAAUUUCGUUUACACACCUAAAAAAUUCUUCGCGUUAUUGUAUUGUUGAAUUAUGCCAAUAUUCUCAUUUUCCAGUA